AUGAGAGGGAAUGAAAAGCUGGAAUGAGGGAAAAUCGACAGGAAAGGACAGGAAAAGCGGCUUCAGGAAUAUCACAACGCGCGACGGGCGGAUCACUCGAUAAACCAAUAUUUCCAGAAUCUCCUUUUACACAGAAUAUGACCGACACCUAGCGUACGGUAAAGGCAUGGCGACGGCAUUCCUGGAGCCCACCCCGAACCACACGCUAAGCGUCGGGGCCAAAGCCCGACUCAGUGCGGGGACAGAGCGGGUUCCGGGGGCCCCCGACCGGGUCCUGAAGGUCUUCCAUCACUUCGAAAACAACAGCGAGCACAGCACCUGGUCCAGCAACAUCCGGCACGGAGACGCCACUGACGUCAGGGGAAUCAUUCAGAAGAUCGUGGACAUUCAUAAAGUGCAGCAUGUGGUGUGUUUCGGGCUGCGUCUCACUCAUGUGCCGUCGGGUGACGUUCACUGGCUGCACCCUGAUGAGGGCGUGUCUCACGUCAGGGAGAAGUUUGAGCAGAAGCGCCCACAGGAUGAGUGGAGGUAUGAGCUGAGGAUCCGUUACCUGCCGAAGGGCUUCCUGACUCAAUUCACUGAAGACAAACCCACACUCAACUACUUCUAUCAGCAGGUGAAGAAUGACUACAUGCUGGAGGUUGCGGAUCAGGUGGAGCAGGAGGUGGCGCUGAAGCUGGGCUGUCUGGAGAUCAGGAGAUUCUACAGAGAGAUGAGGGGAAACGCUCUUGAUAAAAAGUCCAACUACGAGCUCUUAGAGAAGGAUGUUGGUCUUCGCCGCUUCUUCCCCAAGAGCUUGUUGGAGUCGGUGAAGGCUAAAACACUGAGGAAACAGAUCCAGCAAACUUUUAAGCAGUUCGCCAACCUGAACGAUGAGCAGAGCGUCCUCAAGUUUUUCGAGAUCCUGGCGCCCGUUUACAGAUUCGACAAAGAGUGUUUCCGCUGCGCUCUCGGGUCGAGUUGGGUCAUCUCAGUGGAUCUUGCGAUUGGUCCAGAAGAGGGCAUCAGUUACCUGACAGACAAGGGCUCCACGCCCACACACCUGGCCAACUUGACUCAGGUGCAGAGCAUCCAUUACUCCUGCGUGGAGGAGAAGGAGAGGAAGGGUGUGUUACAGCUGGACGUGGCUGGAGCCGCAGAGCCUCUCACGAUCAGCACGCCGUCUUUCUCCACCGCCGAGAACAUGGCCGACCUCAUCGACGGAUACUGUCGCCUGCUCAAUGCCGUCAACCAGUCCUUCAUCAUCAGACCUCAGAAAGAUGGUGAAAGAGCUCUUCCAUCCAUUCCAAAACUUGCUAACAAUGAGAAGCGGCUUGAGGGGAUUCGGGCAGGAGUUCGGGCCAUUUCUGUUUCAGAAACAGACGACUACGCAGAGAUCAUAGAUGAGGAAGACACCUACACCAUGCCGUCUACUCAGGAUUAUGAGAUCCAGCGGGACAGGAUUGAGUUGGGUCGGUGUAUCGGUGAAGGGCAGUUCGGUGACGUCCAUCAGGGGGUUUACAUCAGUCCGGUGUGUGUGUGUCUGGAUGAGGGCUCCGGAUAUCCUGCAGCUCAUGUGUCCAGUCCAGGAUUCCCAGCGCAGACGUCCAUCCUCGACCCGCUUGAGAGCUGGAACCACCGACAGGAGCCUCCCACCUGGCCUGCAAACGCGGAGGAUGGAGCCGCUGUGGGCCGCACUCAGCCCAUGAACAAACACCUGAUGGAGGAGACGCUCAUCAAACAGCAGCAGCAGAUGGAGGAAGACCAGCGCUGGCUGGAACAGGAGGAGAGCUUCCUGAAGCCGGAGUCCAGGAACUCUCGCAGCAGCAUCGACCGUGAGGACGCCGCUCUGCAGACCCCGAUGGGAAAGCAGCACGUUUACCAGCCCGUGGGCAAAACCGAUCUUGUGGCUCCUCCAAAGAAACCUCCUCGUCCCGGAGCUCCAGCUCACCUGACUAACCUGAGCCCGGCCGACAGCUAUAAUGAGGGCGUCAAGCCCUGGAGGCUUCAGCCUCAGGAGAUCAGUCCUCCUCCGACAGCCAAUCUGGACCGCUCGAAUGAUAAAGUGUAUGAGAAUGUGACGGGGCUGGUGAAGGCCGUGAUCGAGAUGUCCAGCCGCAUUCAGCCCGCGCUGCCAGAGGAGUACGUGCCCAUGGUCAAGGAUGUUGGUCUGGCUCUCAGGACUCUGCUGGCGACGGUGGACGAGACUAUACCAGUGUUACCAGCACACACACAUCGAGAGAUUGAGAUGGCGCAGAAGCUGCUGAACUCUGACCUGGCGGAGUUGAUCAGUAAGAUGCGUCUGGCGCAGCAGUACAUGCUGACCAGCCUCCAGCAGGACUACAAGAAGCAGAUGCUGACGGCGGCUCACGCGCUCGCUGUGGAUGCCAAAAACCUGCUGGACGUCAUCGACCAGGCCCGACUCAAGAUGAGCCACCGCACACACUGAGACCUCCACACUGGCUGGAUCAUCACGGAGGAACAUCACUCUUAAAGAGACACACUUCACCCAAACAUCUGAUCAGUAUUAAUGAGUUGAAGAAUGCUGGAAACUGGCUGCCAUUAGCUGUUUCUAUCCAAAGAUGAGAAGUAGAUGCAUGCGCAAAACUGCAAUAUUGCAUAAAACAAGCGAAUAUAGCAGAAAAAGAGAGCUGGAUCAUCACUUCCUGAUCAACAUGCUCAAAUAUCUGUCAGAGGAGUUAGUUUGAUGCGUUGGUAUUCGCCACUGUGGUGUUUCUUCUCUAAUAAAUAAGUUGCACCUCAGAAACGCAAUGAAUGCGGUGGCUUUUGGAGGCGUGAGAUGGGAGCACAGACAGAUGCUGGAGGGAAGAAUAAUAAUACUGAAGCACUGUGAUGACGGAGGGCUGAGGUAGAGAUCUGCGCGGGACUAAAUUUUGAAUCCCGCUCCCGCCCGCCAAGUUUUAGCCCGAACCCGACCGCUCCCCGUUUGCUGUUAUAUCAA